UUCCUCCCCUCCUCUCCUCUCCCUCCCCGGUCCCCCCUUCCCCGGCGGGAGGAGGGACAGCUCCGUUCCGGGGCCGGCGGGACGCGGGGCUCGGUCCGUCCGUGCGGGUCUGUGUGUGCGGAGGGUCCCCGAGCCGAGCGCGGCUGUGCAGCAUCCCCGCGGGCGCCGAUGACUUGUUGCUGUUAGCCCAAAAUAUUAAAAAAAAAAAAAAUUAAAAAAAAACCAAACCCAACAAACCAACCAAACAAAAAACCCCCCACGAAGACCAGAGGGAGGCAGGGGCAGAAGCCGCGGCGGGUCUCGCCGCUCCGUUACCCAGCCCGGCCCCGCUGCCAUUUCCCUCAGCGCCCGCCGCCACCUGCGCGCCCCCGGGGGGCUGCGGCCUGCGGCGGGGACUAGGGGGGAAAAGGAAUGAAAUGACAAGCGAGGCAGGACUUCCAUGACUUUGACAGGUUGUGGCAGGGGCGGGGAGAGGCAGGAUGAGGCGCGGAGCCCGGCGUCGCCCAGGGCCGGAGCGGCGCUCCGGGGAAGUUGGCCCGGGUUCGCUGCGCGGGGUUGUGUGCCUGCCUACCUGGACUAGGGGGAAGAUAAGCACUGCACUUUGACUAUGGAAGCAGAGGCUGUUGAUGGAUAUAUUACAUGUGACAAUGACUAUUCGCCUGAAAGGGAGCACUGCGGCAUGGCCAUCGACCUCACCUCUAGCACUCCCAAUGGGCAGCACACCUCCCCCUGUCACAUGGCAGGCACAAAUUCAGUAAAGCUAGAAAUGCAAAGUGAUGAGGAAUUUGACAGGAAGCCCCUGAUUCAUGAAGAUAUUAUCAGAGCUCACGAUGGAGGAAGCAGCCUGGAAGAUCCCUUCAUUGGGAGUAACGAGAUGGUGGAUAACAGAAAGAUGCAGGAGCUAUCGAGCGAGGGAGGAAUCCGGCUUCCGAAUGGUAAACUGAAAUGUGACGUCUGUGGCAUGGUUUGCAUUGGGCCCAAUGUGCUAAUGGUACAUAAAAGGAGCCACACUGGUGAACGCCCCUUCCACUGUAACCAAUGUGGAGCUUCUUUUACCCAGAAGGGGAACCUGCUGAGGCACAUCAAGUUGCACUCUGGGGAGAAACCGUUCAAAUGUCCCUUCUGUAGCUACGCCUGCCGGCGGAGGGACGCCCUCACAGGACACCUCAGGACACACUCUGUGGGGAAGCCUCACAAGUGCAACUACUGCGGCCGGAGCUACAAGCAGCGCAGUUCUCUGGAAGAGCACAAGGAACGCUGCCACAACUACCUGCAGAAUGUCAGUCUGGAGGCUGCUGGGCAGGUCAUGAGUCACCAUGUACCUGCUCUGGAAGACUGUAAGGAACAAGAGCCUGUGAUGGACAACAAUAUUUCUGUGGUGCCUUUUGAGAGACCUGCUGUUAUAGAGAAGCUGACAAGCAACAUGGGAAAGCGUAAAAGCUCCACCCCACAGAAGUUUGUGGGUGAAAAGUUCAUGAGAUUUGGCUAUCCAGAUAUCCCCUUUGAUAUGAACAUAAGCUAUGACAAGGAGGCUGAGCUGAUGCAGUCUCACAUGAUGGACCAAGCCAUCACCAAUGCAAUCACCUACCUUGGAGCUGAGGCACUUCACCCCCUGAUGCAGCACACACCGAGCACAAUUGCAGAGGUGGCCCCGGUCAUCAGCUCAGCUUACGCUCAGGUCUAUCAUCCCAGCAGGAUAGAGAGGCCCAUCAGCAGGGAAACGGCCGACAGCCACGAGAACAACAUGGAUGGCCCCAUCUCCCUCAUCAGACCAAAGAGUCGAAUCCAGGAUAGAGAGGGCUCCCCCAGCAAUAGCUGCCUGGAUUCUACUGACUCAGACAGCAGCCACGACGACCGCCAGUCCUACCCAGGAAACGCUGCCUUAACCCCCAAGAUCAAGCCAAACCCGGCUUACGUGAAGGAGGAGGCCAAGCCUUUGGAUGUCACAAAAGCUUCUAAGGGCUCUUUAAAGGAUAUGUACAAGGUGAUCAACGGAGAAGGGGAGCAGAUUAGGGCUUUCAAGUGCGAGCACUGUCGCGUCCUCUUCCUGGACCAUGUCAUGUACACCAUCCACAUGGGCUGCCACGGCUACCGGGACCCGCUGGAGUGCAACAUCUGUGGCUACCGGAGCCAGGACCGCUAUGAGUUCUCGUCGCACAUAGUCCGGGGGGAGCACACAUUCCGCUAGGCCUUCUCAUCCAAAGGGGACUCGUAUGAAGUAGAAGAACUGCACAUGAAGAAAUACUGCACUUACAAUCCCACUUUUCCUCAGACAUUGAGACGCCUAUUUUGUUGUUGUUGCUGUUGUUGUUGUUGCCGUUGUUUAAUUAUUAUUAUUAUUAUUAACCUUAUUUUUGUGGACCCAACCUCAUUUGCUCUGCCCAGCUUAAGAAUGGAAAGAAGGAAGGGAAUGGAUAAAAGAGGGGUUUGUUGUGGCAAUCAGUUUUUGGGGAGUGACCCGCCUUGCUUUCUGUGGGAAUUGGAAGGCAGUCUGUGUCCGUCUCACUCAGUUGUACACCAUGUCCUCUUUUGGGAUGUCGCUCAACCAUGCCAGGUGCUUUCAAGUCCCAACAAGAUGCCACUCAUUUGAAAUUUCAGAGGAAUAGGUAGAAACAUUUCAGAGGAGAGCCUUUUUCUAAUGUGAAGUUAUGGUGCGAGCUUUCGGUGGCUGGAGGAAAGGGGGGAACUUUGUUCUGCAGAACGAACAAUUAUUUUUAAAGCAAAACUGGUAGGGAGUUAGGAGCAUGAAUCAAAGUCAAUAUUCCUCUCAAAAUUACUUUCAAGGGUGAGCUGUUUUCCUGGGUUCAGUGUGUAUUGCCCCUCUAGAAUGUAAAUAAAUGAAAAAAAAAAAAAAAAAAGAAAUGUAUGUCUUAACACUGUACCACAUUAUAGCAGUUUAGUUUCAUAAGUCUGAGGGCCUUCUGUGGUAAGUUUGAGGCUUUGUGUUUUUAUUUUCCUUAACUUAUGAAGCACCUUUUUUUUUAGAAUUGUUGAUAUUCUGUUACUCCAUGCCUAUGUGUUGUCUCACUGGCUUCUUAGAGACCCUUGGGAGCCUUAUUUCUUUAGUUGCACCCUAAGUUUUAAGAAAGAACAUUUAGAAAUAACAUUUAAAACUUGCUUCUGGGACAGUAAGUGGCCUAGGAGUGGGUGAGAGUCUGUAGUUUACUCAAGAGGUUCUGCUGCUCUUCAGAAAUACUUUUGGGUUAAAAUUAUGGAUUUAAAAAUGACAAAAGUAGUAGUCUACUACUUUUGCUACUGGUCUACUAGUCUUUGCUACUACUAGCAAAGUGUUCUUUAAAUAUAGGUAUAUAUAGAUACAUAAUUAUGUAAAUACUUUCUCAUUCUACUGUCACAGUGUUAACCUCUUGGCAACAGCCUAAACUAAGACUUGCAGCUGGGAAAGCGUUAGGAGCCAGAUCCUUGGCCAGCAUUAAUCCUCUUGGCUCCACUGAAUUUAAUGGAACUGCCCCAACUAUUUCAGCCACAUCAGGAUCCCAGCCUUGACUGUUUUUUCUCUUGUUGACGUCUUACCUCCCAAUUUGCUGAACCACUGACUUCCUUUUGUUUGUACAUCAUCAAUUCUGCUGAAUUUAGGGGUGAAAGUAUUAGCAGGUUUUGCUGGAUAGCCUUGGCUCCCGGUGAGCACGGAAGCCCAGCAAACCAACAGGUCACAUACGAUCUUCCCUGCUUCUUCAGAAAGGGACAAGUGGAGAUGUAGGUGCUGUGUAUUGAUUUGGACUUAAAGAUUUCCUUUUUGUUCCUAAUUUAAUAAUUUCCCUGUAGGGAAAGCAAAUGGAGAAGCAAAGUCCAGAGAAGAGCCCCUGACUUACAGACUGGACGAGAAAACAAGUCCACUGAUCUGUUUUGUUUCCUUUCUUUCUCUCUCAGUAAAUAACAAAGCCAGCAACCACCCGGCAAGUUGCAUCAGUAAAAACUGGGCUUAAACCUACAGGACAGAUUGCCAUUGAAACCCAACUGUUUGUACCAAUCACAAUUGAAAUGUUGUUGUUUGGCAACAAGAGCACAGCUUGAGAAUGGAAAGAUCUGGAUGGGUUUAACCCCCUCCGCACACACGGUCUCCAUGCGCCUGGGGAGACCUUUUCCAAAGGAUAAAGUUACUAAAGUAUAAAAGAGAGAGCAAGAUCAGGCCAUAAUGAAUUCCCAUCUGCUCCCUCCAAUCUGUGCACUUGAUGCAUACGCCAGUUUGCUGUUCGUUUUGAGGGUACUGGAUUUUUUUCUUCUUCUCUUCCUAGACCUGGAGCGUUUGAAAGUAGGAGCCGAAAGGUAUUGAUUGAAAUCUUUUUAUGGUGACAUUCUUGGCAGCUAGAACCUGUGUUUAGAAAGAAUACAGUAGAUCAUGGCCAGAUUACCUGAUGACUGCUUCCCAGCACUGCAAUGCUAUUAAGUAGGAGCUGGUAAAGUCUUGCAGUAGCCUAUUAAUUAUAAUACAAUAUGGAGAGAAAUGUCAUCUUGUGUAAUGUGAGACCUAUCAAGGCUGGGAAUAUGCAGGCUUUGGAGAGACAGAUUUAAAGAUCUAUUCCCAACAUUGUUCUUAAUGUCGUUGGGUUCCUCCCCCUCCUUCUUUCUUCCCUCUAAUGUAGAGGAAACUGGGGCAAAUGAACCAGUGCCAUCCUCGGGACCAUUCUCAUUGUCUUGUGCCUGGUGCAGCCAGAAGAGUUUGUGCAGGGGAAAAGCAGGGAGCUGCUGGAGGCCAUCGCUUUUAUUCUGUGUGGCUGAUUCUCUGCAGUGAGGGAGGCAGCCCUAGGAGGCGGCCGGCCGUGCUUCGUGUCAGGAUGUGCCUGGAAAUUCAGAAAAGAAAAAAGUGGUGGUGAUUCGCUGAGGCAGGAAAGGCCCUUUAAGAACAAGGUGGAAAGGGAAAGGUUCUUGGGCCUUGAGGGUUGCUGGGCUUUCCCGGGCCUCCAGAAAAACACGUGCCCAAGCUAGAGAGAAACGUUGCCGGCAAAUCUUUUCAGUCUCUGGGGGAAACACUCCGUCCUCCCCUCUGUGGUCAGUGAAAGAACAUUGGGCUGUGGUUUCUUGGAAUAGCUAGCACUAGGGAAAAAAUGUUGAAAAUUUCUGCCUUUGUUUGGGAAAGCACCAGAAUACGGGAAAGGUAGAGAAUCUCUUGUGUAUCCGCAGCUCAGUUGGCUGCAGUUACAUCUGCAGUUCCUUAGUGUGCCUUUGGUUCACUGAUGACUCACUGCUGCCUCCAGUAAGGUGUAUUCUCUGGGUGUUUAAAGGAUCACAUCAGGAGGCCCACUGAUUUUGGACCUGGCUUCAGUUAAGUCCAGCUUCUUGAGCCAGUGGUAGCCGGUGAGGUCUGGAUGUGUCCUGGUGUCACGGGCACAGGGAACUGGGGAGGCACUGGGGAGUUAUCUUAUAGAAAAUGUUUUGGAGAGGAAGAAACUUGAGGGGUCACAUUGAUUUUUUUGUUAUCAAUGUCCUUUUCUAAACAUUCACAGAAGACUUUUACCCUAGAGUUAGGAAGAGAAGAAAGAUUAAAUUCUAGUUCAAAUUUUGAACAAAAUUUUGAAUUAACACGUACUUUAGAAUUCACUUCCUACUGAAAAUCAUUAGAGAGCUUUAUGUAAUGCAGUUUGUUCCUUCACAAAAGUGAGCAAAAUGGGGCAGCAGAGAUUUCUUUGGGUGUUUUUUCUUGCUUGCUCUCCACAAGAAUUGGAUUUCUAAGAAAAGCUCUUGAGUUUCGUCAAGUUCAUUAGUCAUUCAUAGUGUACUAGGAAUUUCAGUAGCUAAUCCUUGGCCUCUAAAUCCGUUUGUUCUGAGUAUUUGGUGCUGGAAAUCAAAUCUGGCUGAUUUUUAUUGGACUCUUUUGAAAUUCUUGGAAUCAGGUUUCCGGUUAGAAACAUGCGUUUGCAAAUUUAGAGUUGGCUUCCUGUGAGCAUUCCCCAUUUUCAUUUUAAAAAAAAAAUUGAAAAAUCUGGGCACUUCUCUGCCAGUAAACCCUUUUGCUUCUUUUACAUCAAAAAAUGGCAAUAUUCUGACUCAGUUUAGAGGAUUACAAGCCUAUUAAUUUAAAGAGAAGUGUGACUGCUUAUUCUGCUCUUGGUGUGAUCCAUAUCCUUGGAGCAAAGGGCAUUAUCUAUAUAUCUGCAGUUAUGACUGAUUAAUUUUACAGCCACCUCUCUUUGUUAUCAGUUAGGAGUGCACAUCAAAAUAUAUUGCAUUUUUCAGUAAAGCCUGCUCUUUACUCAGUAACUUAUGGGAUUAAUAUAAUUUUAUUCUCCUUAAAAAGAGCUUUCAUCUAUGAUGUGAUGUGAAAGGUGUCUAGGCAUUAACCUGCAGUGGUCUGUAGCAGGGAAGAAGAUUUUAAAUGGGUUAAUGGGCCUGAUUUUUAGUGGUACUGGUUUCCACAAUGUUAGGACCCAGCUCACAAAGUAGCCAUGAGGACCUGAAGUGUGUUUACUGCAAGGUGAAGAAAUUCUCAAUUGUCAGAGUUUGCAAAUUUCUUUCUGUUUACAAGGGCUUCCCUAAAUUUGUGCUGUCAGGCAGGAGGUCAGUGAUGAAACCCAACCCUUCAAAACUGGGCUUUCAUGGGGCAUUAUUACUGUUGCCCAGGCCCUGGGCUAGCUUGUUCUGAUUUGAAAGAAGCCAGACAACAGACACUCCUUCCUCCAGAGAGAAACUUUGGAGAUAACUGCAGCAAAGGUGCUUAUUUCAGCCAAGGGCAGGAGCUACAGUAAUGCAGUUCCUUCACUGGAUAAAUUCCUUUCCUUAACUCUUGCUGUGCUUUUUAAUGUAAUGAGGUUGGCUGCCGGAGUCACCCAAAGUCAGUGUGAGAUUUUAGGAAAAGGGUGAUGAAAUUGGCUUUUCUGCUAUAAUUCACAUCUCAGCUUGGCUUAGUGGCAUUUAAAAACAAAAGUGGAUGCCCUGUGGUCUGGGGCAGCUGGAGAGCUUGAGAAAGUACAUUUAUAAAUAUAUAUAUAUGGUAUUGUGUAGUUAGAGGUAUGCUUUAUUGUAUAUGUGCCUUUUCCAAAUGCAUUUUGGGAGAUCCUGAUGUCGUUCCUGAUAUCCUACCAGACCCUUUCAGAAUGCACAGCCAAAACCAACCCAAAGGAAACAUCCCUUCUCCUGCUCUGCACCCUCCUUGGCAGCUUGACCCAGAGAGAGGACUCCGGUCAGUACUUUGCUGUGAGACUUCCCGGAGUCAGACAGCUUUUAGGAGUGGGAGGGGCUGAAAAUUACCCCAGCAAAGUACAUUCCAGCUAUCCAGCCAGAGCUGGUCUGUAGCUGGUCCCAGGGAGCACGGCAUCCCCAGCACAAUGCCAGGGCUUGCCGUGGCAGCCCCCAGCUGCACCGUGCCCUACAGAGAGCCAGGGAAGCAUCUCCUGUUUCCUCCCUCUUGAAGUAAAGCACCCUUUAGUGGACUUCACUCUGCUUUAGAGUUCCCACUUAGGACUCCGGGCAGGCUUUAAAGCACUUCCUUCUUGCUUCAGCCUGGAAAAACAAAUGUGGCGAGUCUUUUGGAAGUGGGUUGCAAGUUUGCCUGCCACGCUGCUGCCAGCCCAGGAACUGGCACAGAGACCAGAGGAGCUCAUCAGGAGGAGGCAUUCAGGGGGCUCACGAGGUGGAGCACUGGGGUGACGAGCACAGUGCCAGUUCUGGGACUUUCCCCAGCCGGUUGGUGACCUGGUUUCAGGUGCAGCUGUUCCCCCCGCAGGGCUGCAGAGCUGAGUGUGCCAGCACAGCCAAGGCA